CAUUUGAAGCACGGUCGCGAUUCGUUGUUUCCAAAUGUGGCAAGCGCAGCGUAAGUUCAGUUGAGGUUUGAUUGAUGGACUGUAGGCGGAAACUAUACGCUGUAAACUUUGUACGAUGGUCGUAAAGGGCUAGUUUUUGGAGGUUUGUUUUUGAAAAUCACGAGCCGCUUAAAUCGCGACUUUCAAAUAGAGAAAUAUAUCCGUCCUCAAACUCCGGAUACCGCGCGUUUUGACUGACGAGUUUAGCUAAUGUUUCCUAGCCUAGCAUAUGUGAGGUAAGUUCGGUAUCGAGGGAAGCGAUCUGCUGGGUUUGAUCUGGGAUCUGCUCGGAUCUCAACACCUUACCGCGGGCGAUGUUAGGGGGAAACGGGACGGCCAGAGGGGCCGGGCGCUCCGGUAACGGCACGGGGUUGACCCCUCUACAGGUGGGCAGCACAUCUGGGGCUCUUGGGGUGGUAAACUCUACCAUAAACCUGCCCGACGGGGGCAGAUACGACGAUAGGCCGUCGGUGGAGGCUGUGCUGAGCGGCUCCGACGGAGACUCGGACUCCGGGGACGAUGAGGAGAGUCCCGUGGUGGACAGGAGAGGGGUAAAGCGGGAGAGGAGCGAGAUGGAGGUCGGCGGAUUUUCGGGAUCUCACGCGGGACUGUCGGCGGCAUACGGAGGGGUUUCCACCGGUGUGGCCGGUGCCAAACCGGGCAAGAAAACGCGAGGACGUGUGAAAAUUAAGAUGGAGUUUAUUGACAACAAGCUGAGGAGGUACACGACCUUCAGCAAGAGAAAGACUGGGAUUAUGAAGAAGGCUUACGAGCUAUCCACGUUAACCGGGACGCAGGUUUUGCUGCUGGUUGCCAGCGAGACGGGCCACGUCUACACAUUUGCCACGCGAAAACUUCAGCCCAUGAUCACCAGUGAAACGGGUAAAGCCCUCAUCCAGACCUGCCUAAAUUCCCCUGAUUCUCCACCCCGUACGGACCCUUCAACGGAUCAGCGGAUGAGUGCCACGGGAUUCGAGGAGACGGACCUCACCUACCAGGUCUCAGAGGCUGAUGGUCUCACAGAGCCAAAGGACAUGAUGAAGCCGACGUUCACGGCUGUCUCUUUACCCGGAGGAGGCACCAACACCAACAGCACCACCACGCAGUCAUCAGCCUCGUCCUCUCCCUCCUCGUCAUCCGUCUCCAUGCACACUCAGAGCGGCGCCACCUGCUGGCCCGUGGCCGCGGGCAUGAACGCUCAGAGCGUCUCCAGCGCCAACGGGACGGUGCUCAAGAGCUCUCCUGCGGGGGUCAUGCAGCUGCCCGGCGGGUUCACGCUCAUGCCAGGCGCUUCUCUUCCUCCCGGCACACACACUAUUCCUCUCAGUCAGCUGCAGACACACUCUCUGGCCAUACAGUGUCCACAGACGCACAGCGGCAGCAGCAGCAGCUCGUCGUCCUCGGGCUCUGUCCCCGCACACACACAGGCCAGCUCACAGGCCACGCUCUUCCGGCUGCCGGCCGCCGUCUCGCUCACAGGUGGCGCAAUGCCUCAACAGUUACAAGCCAUCCAGGUUCACCCCAGUCCUCAAAGCAGUGACAGCAGUCCAGAGAUCGGCCAGACCUCCACCAGCUCCACUGCGAGCCACACCGCUACGAUAGUCACUUCCACAGUGCCUUCUUCAGUGACGGGUCACAUGAUGUACCCUGGAGCGCACGUCAUGUACGCUACAUCCACCCCUACCCUUGCCGACGGGGGUCUGACUGUGCUCAAUACCUUCCCACAAGCCCCUACCACCAUGCACGUGUCCCACACGCCAGCCCAAGACUCAGGUGCAGUUCCUCAGAUGUUUCUCACAGCACCUCCUGGAACUGUACAGAUCCCGGUUUCAGCCGUUCCACUACAUUCGAUGUUAAUAAACCAGCAGCCCACCGGUAGCAGCGGCACCACCCUCACAGAGCUGCGGGUGGUCAAUAUGGACAAUCCCAAAGGAGACUGAGCCGUAAGCCACGAGGCCGGUGUGACCGCUCUUUCACACCGAUAUUCCAGGGAUCACUCAUGCCAUGCAAUCAGACUGCCAUUGUAUUUAUUACUGCCUUCUCAAACCCUUCACGUACGUCUACGGUGAGGUGCGACGGGGCGUUUGAAGGACGAGCGCGUCUCCUCGCGGGCUCGCUCCGGUGGGUAGUGUGAUAAUGGACGAUCUUUGUUCACGCGCAUCUGUACUUCAGGAUUUCAUAGAGACAUCUGCACUAUCGCUGCCGGGUCUUCACCGGUUUCUCCAGAAAGAUGUACGAUUACGGUCACUUUGAGUACAUUCGAACCUUUUCGAUCUUCAUUUCAGUCUUUUUUUUUUUUUUUUUUUUUUUUUUUUUUUCUUGAUCUGAUUUGUAGUUCGUUUUCUCAAACGGAGAGUUUGUGAAAUCAGUUCUUUGGUAUGGUUUCGGUUGUUAUUUAUCGGAUUUUUCGCUCUGAAAGGACGACCCUGUCAUCUUCAAAUGCAAAAGUCCAACCUUCUUUCCAUUUUAAGUAAAUGGCGACUGAUGCGCUCGAGCUCCAAGCAUCCCCUUUUUGAAAAAUAGGUUUAUUUUCUUGUUCGUUUGUCAUUUUUUUCGAGCUCAGUAGCAUUCGUUCCCAUUUAUAAGCAUCACCGGACUUGGAAAUUAUGAGCGAACUUGCUCUAAAAAGUAAUGCUGGAUACUCUUGCACUGCCAUCAGCACUCGCUAGGGGCUUCAUGUACGAUCUGAAUUCAUCAUUUCUUAAAAACACCAUUUUCUCAUCUCUAUGGCCUUUUUUUCAAUUCAGGCGACCCUCCGCUGGGAGUUUGAUGGACAGGCGAUCUGACCAAUCGUAACGGAACAUUCGACCAAUUCCAAAUCACACACAUUUUCGUCGGUAGAUGUCUUUUUGCGAUUUGAAUUCAUGUUUAUUUAGUUCCAUAACUAGUAAAUAUGAAAAGACCAUCCGUUCACAUGUUGAUCCGAGGCGACAAAUUGAAUUUUCGAUUUUUAAUUUCUUAAUAAAUGACAAAAUUUCUUACUAAAGAGACCCUUGCUCUCGUCUUGCGCGUCGAUAUUUUCCUCUUUUGUGCCGCGUUUUUUGCGAAGGGUCGAUUACAAGUUAUUGAAUAACUCGAAUGAAUCCGAUUUAUUUCGAUGCGCUGCUAUCAUUUGGAUUUAAACGCGAUCCGUACUGCAAAAAAAGAUUGCAUGUCAUUCCGUGUUGCAAUGCUGUGCCAAACUAUACUGUACGUAGAAGUCGAUUUUUCUGCUUCGAGUCUUCACGUGCUUUCACUUUUUACGAUGCUGUAAGAGAAAAACACUGACUUGCGUUUGCACUGCACGACAACGUACCGGAAACGGCGGUGCUGCGCGAAUAAAUGAUGCGGAUUGCGUUCUCACGACUCGUUUAGUCGUCCGAAAUAUUAAAAUACGCGACGGAUCCGCUACUAGGUACUAGAAUGGCUUUUUUUGUUCGAAAACCACUUAUUCUCACUCAAAUCAAACGCAGUAAGUGUUUAUACGUGCACCCGUAUAUCAAUAUCGUACGUUUUCUCUUUUAUUCGUCACCGUUUAUUUUUUGAAUAUUUCGUUCGGAUUUCUCACGACAUCCAAAGGGCUGUAAAUCUCAACGCGCCGACGACUGGUUUGGUUUUUCUCCGCCGAUUUCCCUCAUUCAGACGGCAAGCUUGGACCAUAAAGCCUUUUUCUCGUACUGUUAAACGGAUUUAAACGGACCACGGCAAUACAGAGAGUUUCAGGAAAUGACGUCGUCUCUUUUUUGUGGAUUUUCAGUUCGGGGAGCUGAGCACAACACGUUGAUAACGAAUGGAAAAAAAAAAUAUUGUGGGAUUUAUGAAGCGGCCAGAACAAAAGUAUUUGACUGUUUUCUUCAGUAUUAAAGUCCAGGGGAAAGCUUUCUUGAGUUGUUUAUUAUGUUCUUGGGUGAAUUGCAUGAAUGCUUUCAAGAACUUAUCCAGGUCAUAUUUCACUCCCAACCAAAAUAUUUUUUUGUGCGCGCGUGUGUGGAUUAUUACAGGAAUAUUUCACCAAAAAUAAAAGAAUUGCUUAAUGUACUCCCGCUCAGGCUUCAUCCAAGAUGUAGAUGAUUUUGUUUCUUUAUCAGAUUUAGAGAAAUGUGGCAUUACAUCAUUUGCUCACCGAUGCUCUGCAGUGAAUGGGUGCCGUCAGAAUGAGGGUCUGAUUAAAAACAUCACGGGAACCUGUCCAUCAGUUACUGUCUCAUGAAGUGAGUGCAGGAAACAAAUACAUGCAUUUUAAACCUUUUGCUCUCAUUCUGACGGCACCCAUUCGCUGCAGAUCGUCCACCGGUGAGCAAAUGAUGUAACGCUGCAUUUCCUCCUGGUGAAAUAUUCCUUUAAAUAUUUGCUGUUGCUUGUCUUAAGACAUUUAAACCACUUUUUUUCGCUCGGUUAUGAUUCAGAAACAAUUAUAAAUUGCAAGGUGGUUAAAUAUCGCUAGUACUUGUUAAAAAAGCUUUUAAUUAAUGAACGUCAUAUUUUUACUGUGUUACAGUAAUAAUCACGUUACGGAGAUAUUUAUAUUAGGAAUAUUCACUAUUUUCAACAACAACAAAAAAAACCUUAUUGGUUUUGCUUUAUGUGAAGUAUUAUUCUCAUUAUUUUUAAAACAUUUUGAGUGAAAUAUGACCUGUUUGUUUGACUCUUUAUAUCGGCCCUGAUAGUAUGAAAUUGUGUAAACACUAGAAGAAAGUGUUGAAUGUACCAUACUGCAUAUGGCCCUUAUUGUACAUAAUCUGAUUUCUGACUUUAACAAACUGUAAGUAGCUCAUACGGCUGCGUUUGAAAUUAAAAUAUUUCUGCACCCUGGAUAUAUUCAGUGGACUGUAUAUAUUAGUUUUAAUGUGAAGCACAGACGUCGGUCAGUGCUGGGGUUUUUUUUUUUCUCUCUCUCUUUCCUUUAGCAGUGUAACCAGUCACGGGCAAAAUGUUUGCUUUGUUUAUCAUCUUCUACAGUGCCAUUUUCUGAAGAAUUAGGUUUUGUUUUGUUAGAUUUGUUUUUGUAUUACAUGCUGGGUAAGUUUUAAUUUGAUUAAAAUUUAAGUACAAACUAUGAAUACGAAAUCCUGCUUUAACCGCUAAUGCGUUCUUGUAAUGGAAAUGCUGUAACGUAUAGAGCUUUCUUUUGUAAUAAAAGAAAGGUUUGAGAAUAAUUUUGCACA